GCACAUCCGCCGCCAUACAGACGCUGCUCCUGAUUUCUUCAGUCCUUGCCAGACAUAGUAGCCAAGCCACGAACAAGGUACUGUGCGCCGUGGUUUUCCUCUCCAGCCGUUCGGUUUGGCCCUCGUUCGAAGCCGUCAGUCGUGCCACCAUCGCCUUGGUAAUAGUAACGCUUUCCAGUACCAAUCUCCUCGACGUAGCAGGAACCCGAGACUGUUUCUCACCUCUCCUCGUCCCUUCACCGCUCCUAGUAACGAUCCGCUUAUAACGGCACUACGAGUGAUACCCUUCAGGCUAGUAGUAGCAGUACUCUCUAGCAUUAGCAGGGGAGCCGGCCGUUCGCAUGGCGACAGGCCGUCCGCAUUUAACGGCGGCGUCGGCGCGAUUCGAGGCGUCGGCGCCUGGAAAGGUGAUCUUAUUCGGCGAGCACUCCGUGGUUCACGGCAAGUUGUGCGUCGCGGGGAGCAUCAGCCUCCGCACGCACGUGCGGCUGGACCUUUUAGAUCUGGACCGUCUUAAAUUAGGCCUUCCUCCUCAUCCCGAGCCGCCGCAGCAGCUUAAUCCUUCACCGGAGCAACAGCCGCCGGAUGUCGCGCCGCACCACCCGCCGCAACAGUCGCCGCCGCUGGCCGAGCCGCACCAUCUCGUGCUCUCCUCUCCCUCCACUAACGCGUACAUCCGCUGGCCAAUCGCGAGCCUCCACCGCAUCGCGCGCGCACAUCCCGCCGCGUUCCCCGCCCCCGCGCCGCUGUCACCGACCAGACUAAGCGAGGAGCACCGAGCCGCGAUGGAGGAGCUACUAGAGGCGGGAGAGGGCGUCGAUUCGCUAGGAGGACCGUCGGAACGCGCGGGAGUGGCGGCGUUCCUGUUCCUGCUGUCGCGAAUCAUGGGCCUGCAGCCUGCUCUCGUUACAGUCACAUCCGACAUCCCUCCCGGUGCGGGCCUGGGGUCUUCUGCUGCUUUCUCCACCGCCCUGACCGCCGCCAUGCUCUCUGCUGCUUCCGCCAUCCCUGCUCCUGCAAUCCCUGCCGUCCGCUCAUUACAGUCACCUUCUGCACAGGAACAGGAACAGGCACAGGAAGUUUCGGUAGAGGAACAACCAGAGGAGCAACGAACUCAGGGGGGGACGGGAAGUGGGGGAGCGCUGGUGGAGGCGGGGGCUGGGGCGAAUUCUGAGUCUACUCAAGGGGGGCCGAAUAUUGAGUGGAGUCAAAGGACGCGUGGAGCGCUGGUGGAGGCAGGGGAGGAGGCGAAGCGGGUGGUGAGCGCAUGGGCGUACGAGGCGGAGCAGAUUAUCCAUGGGAAGGCGUCCGGCGUGGACAACCACGUGUGCUGCCAUGGCGGCAUCACGUCGUUCCAGCAGGGCCAGGCACACCCCAUUCCGUCUGCCCUCCCGCUCUCCCUGCUGCUCACCAACACGCGCGUCCCUCGCAGCACUCGCCUGCUCGUCUCCCGAGUCACCGACCGCCUCGCAGCACAUGCUGACGCAGUGUCGGCCGUGCUGUGCGCCAUGCACCACAUCGCCCUGCAGGCCUCGCAGCUGCUACAACAGCAUCAGCAGCAGGAGAGUUCCGAAGCAGGAGCAGCAUCGGCAACAGCAGCGACAGACGCACCGGCACCAGGAGCAACAGCAACAGGAGCAGGAGAAGCGGCAGGGUCGGCUGCAGUGGCUGAUAAAACUGAAUCGGUGGGCAACACAGCAGCAGAAAGACCAGAGCCUGAAGCAGCAGCAGCAGGAGGAACUGGCCCCUCGGAUUCUCUCCUCUUCUCUUCCCUGGGCACGCUCGUGAGCAUGAAUCAGGGGCUGCUGAGUGCCCUGGGAGUGAGCCAUCACAGUAUUGAUGCUGUGUGCAUGGCGUCGGCACGCCAUGGCCUGCCGUCCAAGCUCACAGGAGCCGGGGGAGGGGGGUGCGUCAUCACCCUGCUACCACCAGGUCCGUGUACAGCUGGCAAAACAGUGAGAAUGCUGCAAAAUGAGUUAAAAGAUUCCCUCGGGUUUGAUUGUUUCGAAGUGUGCUUAGGUGGUGAAGGGGUGAUGUUGUGCUGACUUCCUGAUUUUAACGACAUGGGAUUUUCAUCAUGCUGCGUUGACUUGUCAUUCUGUACAUGAUUUUUUUUUAAGUGUAACACUUUCUAAAAA